AUGGUUACAAAUGCUACAAAAUGUCCAUCACCGAUGAAGGCUACAUCUGAUGGAAUCUUCCAGGGAGAUAAUCCUCUCGAUUACGCUCUCCCUCUCGCGAUUCUACAGAUUGUUUUGGUCGUUGUUCUAACUCGAGUUCUUGCUUUCCUUCUCCGUCCAUUGAGGCAGCCUCGUGUCAUUGCCGAGAUUAUUGGAGGAGUAUUGCUAGGUCCAUCUGCUUUAGGUCGAAAUGAGGCUUAUCUACACGCAAUUUUUCCACCAAAAAGCCUAACAGUUCUAGAUACACUAGCCAAUCUCGGUCUCCUCUUCUUCCUGUUUCUCGUCGGUUUGGAAUUAGAUCCAAAAUCUCUUCGGAAAACAGGUAAACGAGCCUUAUCAAUCGCCAUCGCAGGAAUCUCCCUUCCUUUCGGUUUAGGAGUUGGUACAUCUUUCGUUCUCCGUGCAACCAUUUCCAAAGGAGUAAGCCAAGGUCCAUUCUUAGUUUUCAUGGGUGUAGCUCUUUCCAUAACAGCCUUUCCCGUCUUGGCUAGAAUCUUAGCCGAACUAAAACUCUUAACAACCGAAGUGGGAAGAAUAGCAAUGUCUGCAGCAGCUGUAAACGAUGUAGCCGCUUGGAUUCUUCUUGCCCUAGCUAUUGCACUAUCGGGAACAAGUUCUCCCAUUAUCUCAUUAUGGGUACUCUUAGCCGGGUGCGGUUUCGUUAUCCUUUGUAGUCUUAUUAUUCCGCCUGUUUUCAAAUGGAUGUCUGGUCUUUGCCCUGAAGGGGAGCCGGUUAAUGAGACACACGUUUGUGCGACUCUAUCUUUGGUUUUGGCUGCUGGGUUUGCAACCGAUGCUAUUGGUAUUCAUGCUUUAUUUGGGGCUUUUGUUGUUGGUGUUCUUAUACCUAAAGAAGGUGCGUUUUCGAGUGCGUUGGUUGAGAAGGUUGAAGAUCUUGUGUCGGGUUUGUUCUUACCGUUGUACUUUGUUUCUAGUGGAUUGAAAACGAAUGUCGCGACUAUUGAAGGUGCUCUAUCGUGGGCUCUUCUUGGUUUGGUUAUUGCCACGGCUUGUAUUGGUAAGAUGGUGGGUACUGUUGUUGUUUCGGUUUUGUCGGGAGUAGAUUGGAAGGAGUCUAUUACUUUGGGAUUCUUGAUGAAUACUAAAGGAUUGGUGGAGCUUAUUGUACUCAAUAUCGGGAAAGAUCGAGGGGUUUUGAACGAUCAAACAUUUGCCAUAUUGGUUCUAAUGGCUCUAUUCACAACCUUCAUAACGACUCCGGUCGUUAUAGCUGUCUACAAGCCAGCCAGAAUGGGUAACGUGGAGUACAAGACACGAACCGUUCAAAGAAAAAGACAGAAUUCUCAGUUAAGAAUUCUCGCAUGUUUCAACAGCACAAGAAACAUGCCAUCCUUAAUCAAUCUAAUCGAGUUAUCUCGCGGCACGGGAAAAGAAGGUCUCCGAGUUUACGCGAUGCACCUCAUGGAACUCUCCGAAAGAACGUCGGCUAUUCGAAUGGUCCAUAAGGCUAGGAAAAACGGCCUUCCUUUUUGGACCAAAGGUCAAUCGUCCGAUAGCAACCAAAUCGUAGUUGCCUUCGAAGCAUUCGAGCAGUUGAGCAAAGUAACUAUUCGACCAACAAUGGCUAUUUCGAGAAUGUCGAAUAUUCAUGAAGAUAUUUGUUCGAGCGCGGAGAGUAAACAUGCCGCGAUUAUAAUCAUGCCUUUUCAUAAACACCAACGUCUAGACGGGCAGUUGGAGACGACACGAGCUGAGUUUGGCCAUUUGAACAAACGUGUCCUUGAGCUCGCCCCGUGCUCGGUUGGAAUUUUGGUCGAUAGGGGACUUGGCGGGACGACUCAUGUUUCGGCUAGCAACGUUAACUCGGUCAUAACCGUCUUGUUUUUUGGUGGACCCGAUGAUAUUGAAGCCCUAGCUUACGGUUCGCGAAUGGCGGAACAUCCGGGGAUUAAGCUAGUUGUGAUUCGUUUCCGAGUAAGGGCGAAGCUAGCGGAUAACAAUGUGAGGAUCAACAUUGGCGAAACAACAUCUAGCCGACAAGAACAAUCGAAGAAGGACGAAGAAUUCCUAGAUGAAUUCAAACAGAGUGUUAAAAAAGACGGGAUGGUUACAUAUGUGGAGAAGGAAGUGGGGAGUGCGAGCGAAGCGGUUGAGGUGAUUAACGAACAUAACCGGUGUCAACUAUUGGUUGUGGGGCGUAUGCCCGAGGGUGAGUUAGCGGUUGCAUUCAAGAACACAAAGAAUGAGUGUCGGGAAUUAGGUCCGGUUGGAGGAUUAUUGACAUCACCCGAGUUUUCAACGACGGUAUCGGUGCUUGUGAUACAACAAUACCGAAGCCAAUUGUCGGGAUAUUCAUUGGCUUCGUUGACGGAGGAAGAUGAUAAUGACGAAGAAUCGGGGAUGGAUUGAUGGAUGAUACCAAUAAAAUUGGAAGAAACAUAGCUAUAUGAAAAAGAUUAUCCAAAAGAAUUAUAAAGAUAACCUCUUCGAGUUUCUUUAAUAAGUCAUUCGAGAAUGAAUGAUGAAUGGGAUAAAAUUCACACAAGUAUAGCAAUUGUGGGACAUAGAUUGUGGUAUCGCGUUUUGUGAUCCGAUUGAAAUGUAUGAAAUUAUUCAAA